GCGAGAAACGAGUCUCUGCGCGUGUGUUUGAAUGGAGGCGUUCUCGGCGACGGAAGCGAACGUAUGCGAGGAACGGCGCCCCCCGAGUGACCUUUUUUUUCUCUCCCCCCCCCCACACAAGUCCUCCCCCCCUCGGCUGAUUAUGCACGAUUGCUGACUUCUGCGGCCUUGCUUCUCGCGGCGCCAGUGCAGGGAGAGGCGCCCCAGCAGCCAGAGAGGAGCGGCGAGGGUCCCAGCGCGCGGCGACAUGGCCAAAGGAAAGCGGAGAACCGACCGUAGCAGUAAGGAUGAGAAUGCUGUCCUCAGUCACCUGGAUGGGCCGAAGGGACCCAAGGAUUCGAGACUAGAGGCAAAGGUGGUCAACGGUUCCCUUGCCAAUGGCAAAUUAGGUCACACUGCAAGCACAACACAGAAGGAAACCAAGAUUACCACAUACUUCUCUCCUUCAAGGUCACCCCCAGCUGCAGAUGAUGCAGAGGGGCCCAGAGGUGAAACACACGGUGGAGACAGUUGUGAUAUGAAUCCAGAGCUAAGUAGUGCCCAGUUGAGUCGUACCCACCCAAGCUCUGCCCCAAGCACCCCAACCAAGAUGAUGAAUGGCCAUGCAGAAAGCGCAAAUCCGGUGACAGCCUUCACCACACCCCCAAAGCGCACAGUCUGCACCCGCAGCCAGGCCCUGAAAGAGUUGCAGCUCCAGAGCUCUCCUACAGCUCCUAACUCUGCCAGUGUCCCCUCGAGUCCCAACCAGGCUGGUGCAACGGCAACGACCCCUAUGGGCCCCAGUACCCCUACCUCACCCACUCCAGCUUCGGCAGGAGAGGAUGGCAGUAGCCCCCACACAGGGCCACCCACACCCCACAAGAUCCAGGCACUCAACGAGGAGAGGCUAAGACUAGACUCACCUCUGUCUCCAUCCUCAGCUUUGUCCAAGCUAAAGCUCUCCCUGACACCAAAGAAGCUAACCUUUAAUGGGAAAACUACAAAGGCUAGGAAAAAGCUACCUGUGCAGAGCAACACCACCAGGACAGCUAUGCAUGCAAAGCCCGAAAAGCCAGCUAAGAGUACCACAACUACCAAGACCCAAGCCAAUGGGGAAGCCAAAUCAAACCUUCGCAGCACACAGAUGACAGAGUACUUCCCCAUAAGGAGGUCAGAGAGAAAGCCAAAGACCACUCUUCUCCAGGAGCGGCAGAAGGCCAUAGAGGAGAGGAUAAUUAGCGGAUCUGAAGAAGGGUUAACUGUCAAGCAUUUUGGAGCAAAGGGCCGUGGUGUGGUAACAACAAGAAAGUUUGCCAAAGGCGAGUUUGUGGUAGAAUACAUAGGUGACCUUAUAGAUAUGCAGGAAGCCAAAGAGAGGGAGAAGAUUUAUGCACAAGAUGCCUCCAAAGGUUGUUAUAACUACUACUUCACUUUUCAGAAUCAGCAGUACUGCAUUGAUGCAACAGAAGAGAGUGGCUACCUAGGGCGGCUGGUGAAUCACAGCCGAAAUGGCAACCUGGUCCCUAAGGCAGUGGAAGUGAAUGGAAGGCCACAUUUGAUCCUUUUGGCCAAGCAUGACCUAGAGCCGAGCAUCGAACUCUUGUAUGACUAUGGGGACCGCUCGAAAGAGGCUCUGGAACAUCAUCCGUGGCUAGCUUCGUGAUUUCCAGCUAGGUGUCACUAGGGAGAGAUGGGUUUAAUAUAUUUUGUCAAUUUGAGGUUCACAGGGGUUCAGCUACACUUGCUAGCAGUGUUUUGUUUUCUUGACAGUAUUAAAUAAAAAAUGCUUGAAAGUUGUCUUGAAAAACUGAGAGGCAAUCAGAAAAACAGGAAGAAAGGAAGUUGAUAUUGUUAUGAUUUCACAUACAUUUUCCUUUUCAUAUUUUCUCUAGUGAUGUUUGAAAAGGAAAAUGGAACUGGUUGUGCAUAUUGUCAUAGAAUAGAUCGGUUGGAUUUUUCUUGUGUUAUGAAAGGAUCUUAAGGUAACUCUACCCCUGUAACCUGCAAGCUGUGAUGUGUUUGUCACCUCUACUAUACUGCCAGUCUCUGAUGCUCUUGUCCUUGCACACAGCAUAGAUUUAUCGCAUCAGGUCACCUCUUGAAGUUGGUCUGGUGGUGUGCAAAGGCAAUUAUUAUACUGUAAUUUUUAGGUCAGUAGAACUAUUUUGAAUUACUACUACUUGUAAUAUCUGUUUUAAUGAGAAGGGACUGUAUCUGUCUCAUUUUUAACAGCUGCACUUUUGAGACCAAAUAGUUGUUAUUAUGGGUUUGAAAUGAGCCAAGUGUGGAUUCUUAGGCUUUGUAGAUGCCUCUGGCACAAAUAUCGACAAACCUGCAAAGCUGUCGGACUUGGAAGAAGCCGCAGACUUGCCUAUGCUUUUGUUAGCAACAGGAUCAUUUGCCUGAAGAUUAGCAGUUACUUAAGAAUAUUUAUAAUAAGUGAACAGUGAAAGAGAAACUGUGUACAGCAGUACUUAUUCAUUGUGCGAGUGCAAAUGCAAGGCAGGUGAGAUGGUGAUGGUUCUGGAACGUAUUAUUCAGAACUUGGAAGUGAAUGAGCCAAGAUCCUCAAGAGAAAGUGUGUGACUGGACCCUGAUUUUUAUUAUUUAUUUUUGACUAGUGUAUUUUGCAGUACUACGUGUGAGCUGACUUUAGCAUUUAUACAAAAGACAAGAAGGUUUGAACUGUCUUGAGUUUUGAUCUCACAUUUUUUCAUAGGUAGAUUGACUUUUUCAACAGUUAUUAGUGGAUGGAUAAUACCUAUGUCUCAAAUGAUGGUAAACAUCAGUGACUUGUCUCUAAUUUCAUUUCACAUGCUUUGUUGUCUUGAACAACCAUCAUGCAAAGAAACUACUAGUUUUUAAACAUGUGGACAGCAAAGAAUGUAAGAUAAUAAGUUUGUAUAUUGUUUAGUCAUGUGUAUAGAUGAGUUUUAAAGUUGUGUAAUUUGCCGGUAAGAAUGAAGUUUAAACAUGGAAAUCCAAUGUGCUUGACGGCACCCAAGAAAGGUCUCUUGGGGCCUCCCUUGAGUGCAGAGUUCCUAUGUUGAAUUUAAAACUGUUCAAUAUUUUAGGAGUUUGGGAUUUAGGGAAGAAGGGUUUGCAUUUCUACCUGUGACUGUCAGAGCCCAGCACUGUGAAGACUGCAGGGAGCAUGUGAGCAUUGACCAGUUAUCCUCAAAGGGAUUGUAAACACUAAUGACAUUGAUCGUGAAAUGUGCUGAUGAUGGUACCAAUGAUGAUUUUAGCAAAUAUACUUUGUCAGAGGAGAGGAGAUUAAUAUUAUUUAUAGUACCUGUUUCAAUAACAAUUUUAAGACUAUUUUCCUAAAUCCUCCUCAGAUUGUUGGUUAUAGUGUGUGUGUGUGUGUUUGUGUGCAUUAGACGGUUUGUAUGUGUGUGAGAGUGUGUAUGUAUGGAUGUAUGUAUGUGUGUGUGCAUAGUCAAAUCCCUUUGAGAAAUAAUUAGUUGUUCAUAAUCUGCAGUAGGAUCACCUCCUCUCUUUUGAAACCUGCCACUAUAAUGUGCCUCUUUUGAAGUUGAGGUGCAGAGCAAGGAGUGGUAGCUUUGAAGUCUCUCAGGACAUGACAGGAUAUGGUCGGUGCACAGCUGCCAGUCAGUAUUCCUGCAUUUAGCCACAUGCCUUGAGUGGGCACUGGAUGGCUUCAUUUUGAAUGCUACAGCAAGGCAAAAGGAAUUAAAAAACUGCCCUCCUGAAAUAUAACGUACUGUAAACAGAUGUUAUAAAGGUGAUGCUAAAAUGAGACACAGUCAAAUCUUAGAGCUUUAAAAGAGAAGAGAAAAUGUGAAAUGAACUUCUGACUGCUGAUGGAGAUGAAGGCCUUUUAUAAGAGUGGUUGCUAGUGAUGUGUUGCUUUCCAGGUUUAGAAAUUUGCAGCUUAGAAAAUGAAGACUGUCAGGAAGAAAAGGAUGCCAUAAAAAUUUUCAUUAUAAUUGUUCAAAAUCCAAGACUAGAAUGAUUACAUUUGACAUACAAACAUGCCCAUUCAUAAACAUAUACACGAAAUGCUUGUAUAGACAUAGUACAUACACCUUAACAUUUUUAUAUUUGUGAAUGAUAUACAAAUACAAAAACUCACUUGUUUGGAAAUAAUCAUGCUUGCACAAAUAUAUCUUGAUGCAUACAGACACACAAGCAUAUUUACACAGAUACAUACUGGCUGGCACUCUUGUAUACAUACAAACACAGACACAUUCUUUGCUGCGUUUCUCUUAUUAGUACAAAUAUGUAAGAAAUCAUUAUUUUAGUUAUGAAAUAAUCAUUAUAAAGUUUUAAAAAAAGAAAGAAAGAAAAAAAAAAGAAUCUCAGAAGUGAUAACACAUGGAUGGGAAAAGAACCUUUUGUCUUGGAUCUACACUUGCCGUUUUGCUUCAGAGUAGAGAGUUGAUUACCAACUGUCGAAAGUCUGAGCAGACUUUGAAUGAAGAUUAACAGUAUUCAGUUCAAGAGGAAGAGAAGGAAAGUAAAUCUGUGAGUUGGAUGUAGAGUGGUUAGAAUUUUCUGCAAUUCAAUGGAAGGAAAAAAGGAGGAAGCAGUCAGACUAUUGAGGAAAAAUCUUUACUUUCAAGACUCUAUUCUGCUUUACAAACACAUUAUAUAUAUAUAUAUAUAUAUAUAUAUAUAUAUAUAUAUAUAUAUAUAUAUAUAUAUACAUAUAUAUAUAUAUAUAUAUAUAUAUAUAUAUAUAUAUAUAUAUAUAUAAAUUGCAAGUGCAUGAGGAUAUAUUGGAAUGUGCUGUCUAGUUCAAGAUGAAAGAAUUUGUCUCCCCCCAAAAAUGACAAUCUGAUAAGCCCAAGGGUUUUGAACACUAAUGCAAAAUUGGGAAAACGUCUGGUGUAGCUCGUGUCUCGGUGCAGAGAUGCUCCUCUCUGACUCAAGCGUCCCAGUUUCGAACCACGAGAGAGAACCUUCAGAUUUGGCAGACUCUGGGAUGUUUCUAAGUGCCACAAGAAAUUGUGCAAGGCUCCGGAUGCCUUUGGUUUGAAGUGCUGGAGACCACAAUAGUCAUAGUUUUUGAAGUGUGUUUGUGUGUAAGUAAAAUUUGAUUAUUUGAAAAAUGUCAUAUUGGAAGAUAUGAUGUAUUUUGAAAAGAAAGAAAGAAAGAAAGAAAAAAAAAUUACUUAGGUGCCAAUUCAUAUGAGACAUGGAAAUAGAAAAAGACAGGAAAAAAGAGAUUGAUACACAGAUAAGCAGAAUUGCCUACCUCAUGCAGUGUAUAGUGAUUCCUGUUAUUUUAUCCACCUUUCCUUGUAGAAUAUUUGAUAGAUAGAUUUGGUGUUGAGGUUUUUCUUGUAUAUUUUCCAUUGAUUUGUCUUUUUAUUCUCCCCCUAGUACAGUGGAAGGUCACUAAUGCAGUUCAGCAUUAUUUGGACAGAUUUGUGAAAUGUUUAUCAGUGCAGUGAUACCGUUCAACUUUUGUAAAUUCUAAACACAAUGCCUGUGUCCCCCUCCUCCUGUUUCUUUCCCAAAAGGACCUUUUUUUCCAGCUUAUGAAGAAAGCGUAUUUGCAACCAUGAAGGCAUUUCAGGAAAAUAGUCUCCAAAGAUCAGAAUGCUCCUCUUCUGACUAUGAAUUCACAAGAUUUUACUGUAUAUCCUUUGUUAUCACAGAUGAAAAUUUGGCUCUAUGUACAUCUGACAGGUUUUAUGCUGUGAUGUAACAAAACUAGAUUGUAUCAGUCAAGAUGUAUUUCUUGAAAUUGACGAAGUUACUCUACAGAUCACUGUUUUUUAUUAUGAAUAUUUUUUUUUUUUUUCUCUCUCUCUCUGUCUUUAAUCUAUAUAUUUAUUUUUUUGUUCCCAUUCAUAGUUAGUAGAUUCAUAACUAAAAUAACCUGUAAGCCAGAAGGAAAAAGGAGUAUUUGUAUUUAUAUAUAUUUUUUAUCAACAUAAAAGAGUCCCUCUGUCAGGUGAGCAUGUAUGGUUACCUAUGAAUUUCAGCCUUGUUAGAAAGUUGUAUAAUGUAACCGGUGAUGCGUCGUCUAUAUGGAAGAGUGGUUUUAAGAAAGUGAUCUUCAAAACCUGACAGUUUGUGAUGUGGAAUAAUUUUUGAUAUUGCCUAAGAAAUUCCAAAUAAAGAUUAAUGGUAAAAUGA